UUGAUCUUUAAUGAAAAUAUUACUUUUUAAUCUAUUUAGGAAAUGUCUGCUUGCAGAUUAGAGGUAGAUAAGGGUCUCAAACAUUUUUCUUAAUGAGAUUUGAGAAAAUAAAUUUUAAUCUAUUAUCAGCUACAAGAAAAAAGAUCCGAGUCACUCUUUCUCCCGUCGUGUUUGCUGUAUUUAGUCAAAAUGAUUCUCACAAGUUAGCUUUUUAAUAAAAAUCAGAAAGAGUUUAUGGUUCCAUUUAUGCUGAAAUAGAAAUAAAGGAAUCUGAAUCUUUAAAGACUAACACUUUGGAUAAGACUUAACCUUUCACAUUGUAAAAAUAUUUUAAUUUGUGCUGGAUUUACACUCUUAAUACACUCCAACCACUGGGACUGAAUGAGGACUUUGAAAUGUCUCUAUUUCUCCAAGUAUAAUAUAAUAUAUAUGGCAACUUUUAAUGUAACUUCAUUGCCUUGCUCUAUGAUGGUUUUCCAGCUUGAUGCCUGCGGUGUAUUAAUCUCUUUCUCCUGAUAGAUGAUUUGGAAGUGUUUUUAAAAGAUUUUGUUAACUUCUUGUGUCAAGGCAAUAUGUUAUGUGAAAGGGACUCCAUCCCCCAUGAUGCCUUGUGUGGAAAUGACACAGGUGUUCGACAUCAGCUGCUUUUUCCUUUGAUAGGAACUCUCUGUAUGAGCAUUUGCAAUUCCUGAUGAAGGUCUGUUGACCGAAAGCUUGAAUAAAUACAACAUUUUUGCAGAUUGAAAUGUGCUGAUUUUGUUCCUCUUCGAUUUGUUGGAGCAUAAAAAUGUUAAAGAGCAUAAAAAUGUAAAAAAGCUUCUGCUGGAGAGACAAAGGUCUGUGUUGGGUAAAUAAAAUUAUCCAACAGUCCGCUAUCGAAAUGUGGCUGAGGGUGGUACAGGAUCACCACAAGGGCCGAAAGGAGGAGGUGAAGCUGGAAGACCGAGAAGCGUGUGUAAAAUGAAGACAAAUGAUGAUAACCAGAUUGACUCAAUUUAUAGGAAAACCUGACUUCUCUUUCUACAUGCCUGCUGUGAUUCAGUAUCAGCAUGCAACUAAAAGUCUGCAGCACCCAAAGGGACCACAACCUCAGCUUCCACAGCUUGCCCCUGGCUGGAAACUACAGAACAAGACUUGUCAGGACGUUUCUGGACUUCAGAUGUACAAAUACACCCCGGAAUCUGGACACCAUGCUGCUUUUAUCCCACCUGAGGUGCAUCUCGAAAGCCAAAUUGGUGACCUUCCUGGUGGGAUUGACACUGAUGUUCUUUAUCAUGGCUUCCUAUAUCCUGAUGUGGGACAAGGAAAGACUUCCUCUCACUUCUAUUCCUUAUCAGGUCAGACCUGCGGACACCAGCACAAAUACAGCAGACGUUUUGCUUGACAAGAGUUUUAUGGACAGAAAAAUGUUGCUGAAUAUCAACUCCAAACUGCAGUACACAUCCAGGAAGGUGCCUGAUAAGAAGGAUAUUGUUGACACAAAUCCCCAUCUGUUCUCAGUGAUCCCUCGCCAUUUCUUCCCGGGUGUCAAGAGUCCAUGCUGGUAUCAGGAGAUCUCAAAGGAACUCGGCUCAGACCCGUACAAAAGCAACCGCUUCACUCUGCGCUCAAAGACUUUCAAGAACAUUUGCGACCACAUGAGAGUCGACUUCCACCAGCACGUGUGGCGCAGAGAUGGCAGGCGGUUUCGUCUGCGUUGCUUACCCUACUUUUACAUCAUUGGCCAGCCCAAGUGUGGAACAACAGACUUGUUUCACAGGCUGUUGAUGCUUCCUGAAGUCAAGUUCAACAUAAUAAAGGAGCCGCACUGGUGGACCAGGAAACGCUUCGGUUAUAUUCGUUUCAGAACAGGCUUCCAGGAACGUUUUCCAAUAGAUGAUUACUUGGAUCUGUUUGAUUUGGCGGCACAAAGCAUCCAAGGAGGAAUCUAUGGAAAUUCAUCUGGAGACCACCAUGCACUCCAGAUCAUAACAGGUGAAGCCAGUGCUUCCACUAUGUGGGAUAAUCAGGCCUGGAGCUAUCUCCAUGGAGACAUUAACAAAUCAGAGCCUCCUUUCCUGGCUCAGGACUUCAUCCAUGCAGUCCAACCUGGUGCCAAAAUCAUCAUCAUGCUCAGAGAUCCAGUGGAAAGGCUUUACUCAGACUAUUUGUACUUUACGAUGGUCAACAAGUCUUCAGAGGAUUUUCAUCAGAAGGUCAUAGAGUCUGUCCAUUUGUUUCAGCGCUGUCUCUCCGAUCGGUCCCUUCGUUCCUGUGUCUACAACACCAGCCUUUACAACACCAUGCCUGUGAGACUAACUCUGGGAAUGUACUUUGUCUUCUUACUGGACUGGCUGACGGUUUUCCACAAAGAGCAGAUUUUAGUUCUCCGACUGGAGGACUAUGCAGCAAAUCUCAAAGAGACAAUUAAGAAUGUUUUUGAUUUUUUAGAUGUAGGCCCUCUGUCAGCAGACACUGAGGCAGCACUGACCAAAAGGCCCAUGUCCAACACCAGAAGGACUCAAGACAAGAGCCUUGGUCCAAUGCUUCCAUCCACUAGAAACCUCCUAAGCAGGUUUUACCAGCCCUUCAACCAUGAACUGGCCAGUGUCUUGGACAGCAAAGCCUUCCUCUGGGGUUACAGCUGAAUGUUCCAUCUGCUGUAAAAAGGGAGCAACAAGCCACAGCUGGAAUGGUUGCACAAAUAAUGUUCCAGAAAAUUAUUGAUAUUUAUUUGCUUUCUAAAAAAUUAUGUGCAUCAUCUAAUGGUGAUAAUUAAAUAAACAUAUUUUUAUUUGA